GAAUGCACUUCUUUCUGAGAAACUGCCAGCAGCGAGGCUGUGGGCUGCUUCACUUAAACACCUCGGCGCAACAGCAGUUUGCAACAUUGUCACGAUGAACGAAAGUACUCCCCUCCUAGUUGACACCCCAAUCGAGCCCGUUCUGGUGUCCAAGGACAUCUACACCUAUGUUCCACCGUCUGGUAAAGACACUCAUCCUACGCCCAGCUCUGGUCCCGAACUCAUUCUGAUAUUCGGGUGGCUUGAUGGCAAGCUUUCGCCGUUGAAGAGGUACAUGCAAGGGUACAGAAAGUUGUAUCCCCAGGCCACGCAGGUGCUCAUCAUGUCGCGAAAAUCCUCAGGAUGGAGUCGGAAGAGCACGAACCUCAACGUUAUUCGCCCGGCUAUUGAUAUCAUCCAAAGCCAUGGUCUUUUUGGACCUUCACCACCUAAUAUGCUCGUUCAUGUCUUGUCAAACGGUGGUGGAUUCCAGCUCCUUCUCGCCUCAGAACUCAUGAAAGAAAUUCCCCAUCAGCCACCGGUUGAUAAGCGUCCAGCUACUGCCAUCGUGUUUGAUUCCGUUCCAGGCGAAGCCGGCCUCUGGCACGCGUUGUAUGCCCACACAAUCGGCCUAUCUCUCUUCGUGAAGUUCCUCGUUUCGGGACCUUUGAUCUUGAUCUACGCUGCGGUCAUGGGCUGGGCAUGGAUCCGUCGUCAACCCUCACCAUUCGACGUCCUGCGAGAAGGACUGCAGGACCCCUACAUGGUUCCAUUCUCGAACAAACGUACGCCAAGGUUGUAUAUCUAUUCACAGCAGGACCAGCUCGUCCUCGGAGAGUCGGUUGAGAAGCAUAUGGCUGAUGCUAAGGCGAGAGGGCUGGCAGUUAAUGCGGAACUCUUCCAAGGGUCUUCUCAUGUUGCUCACAUGAGAAAGGAUCCCGUGAAGUAUUGGGAUGUGAUAGCGAAUCAUUGGACCGAGGCUGUCAAAAUUUUGUCCUAGGCAGUGGUUGCGAACUCAUCCACCUUUGCCAAACUCUAUUUGAUACCCUCUGGAUAAGGAUAGCGAAGUCCUUUCUCGUAUAGUUAGAUGGACCUUGUUCUAGUACACCGUCGAAUAGAUGAUUUUGGGACAUGACUUGGUGCAAC